CGCUUCUUCUUUCCCUCGUUUUCUGCUCAUUUUCUCUCUCCCGCUUUUUCUUAUUUUCCUUCUUCCCAAACACCAGAUCUAAGAAUUUUCCGCCCAAAAAUUCCCUGAUUUCUCCACAAUUACUUUCAACUUGUGUUGUAUUUAUCGCCGUCACCGGACGGGAAAUCAGAAUCAAUUUAUUUUGUUUUUUUCUUCUUAUUAUUAUUAUUUUUAAUCUGAUGUCGGGUUCCCAAGCACCUAACCAGUUAAGACAGUCCAUGCAGCAGCAAAAUCAGCAGUCAUUGAAACGGCAGCCUCCCUUCUCGACGAAGCCGUCAGGAGGGGACUAUCACAGCUUCGACCCGGCCCAGCCGCGCCGUGCCACCGAUCAGGAAGCCGAGGGUAUCGUAGUUAAGACUCCCCCAUUGAAGAGGAAGAGUGAUGCAGUAAAUCGUGAGGCUGAAUCAAGUGAGUGGGCUAUGGCUGGAUACACUGAAGUGGUUAACAGCAAUCUCCAGACACCUGUAUCAGGGAAGGGUGGAAAGGCUUCGAAAUCAAGGGCUACAAAGAGCAAUAGAUGUCCACAAACUCCUGUUUCACAUCUUGCAGGUUCUCCUGGAAAUAAUCUCACCCCAGCUGGUCCUUGUCGUUAUGACAGCUCCCUAGGGCUGUUGACAAAGAAGUUCAUCAAUUUGAUUAAACAAGCUGAAGAUGGCAUUCUUGAUCUAAAUAAAGCUGCUGACACUUUAGAGGUCCAAAAGCGAAGGAUAUAUGACAUAACAAAUGUCCUUGAAGGGAUUGGGCUCAUUGAAAAGAAACUCAAGAAUAGAAUCCAGUGGAAGGGACUUGAUGUCUCAAGGCCUGGGGAGGUUGAUGAAAGUGUUACAUCUCUACAGGCAGAAGUUGAAAACCUCACCAUCGAGGAGCGCAGAUUAGAUGAACAAAUAAGAGAAAUGCAAGAAAGGUUGAGGGACCUGAGUGAAGACGAAAAUAAUCAAAAGUGGCUUUUUGUUACUGAAGAAGACAUCAAGAGCUUACCCUGCUUCCAGAAUGAAACAUUGAUAGCUAUUAAAGCUCCACAUGGAACGACUCUGGAAGUCCCAGACCCAGAUGAGGCUGUUGACUAUCCGCAGAGGAGAUACAGGAUAGUCCUUAGAAGCACAAUGGGUCCUAUAGAUGUUUACCUUGUCAGUCAAUUUGAAGAGAAAUUUGAGGAGAUACAUGGUGCAGAGCAACCUCAGAACUUUCCAUCAACUUCAGGCUUGAAUGAGAACCCAGCAACAAUGGUGGUAACAGAUGACAACAGGGGGAAGGAGACAGAAAUGCAAGGGCAAGAUACUCAGAGAACAUGCUCAGACCUUAAUGCCUCACAGGACUUUGUGAGUGGGAUCUUGAAGAUUGUUCCAGAUGAUGUUGAUAGUGAUGCUGAUUAUUGGCUCUUAUCGGAUUCUGGUGUGAGCAUCACCGACAUGUGGCGGACUGAACCUGGUGUUCAAUGGAAUGAAUUUGACACACUUAGUGAAGACUAUGGCAUGGCCAACAUUAGCACGCCACAGCCCCAAACUCCACCUUCAAAUGCAACAGAAGUGCAUCCCAGUAAAUUCUGAUUCAACUGCUAGGCGACAAGCGCACUUUCAUGAAUCAAAGUGUAGUUGAUCGGCUCACUCAUCCACCGAGAACUUGUGAUAUCAAGUUCUCUGCCUUCCACCUUGCUGAUACACUGGUAAGCCCCCAAAGGUUCUCAGAGUUACCUACUUGGCUUUCCUCAAAAGUUUUGAGGGACCAAAAAGUAUAGAUAGAGAGUAGAGGAAUCAAUGUACAGUUAAGAAAUACAUAUGAUCCAUGUGAUCUUGUAGUUAAUAGGGUUGUCUCAUAUCUGAGUCUGUCGUUGUAUAUUUAUAUUUGUACAAUUUCUUUGCGUUAUUGUAUCAACUAGAACAUCUGUUUAGAUUAACUCGACAUAAUGUUAUGGUGACUGAAUGAACUAGAUGUAAGUUUUGCUUUGACUACACUAUGAAAAUUCUGGCUUCUACUACCUGUACAGAUAGAGAGAUAAAACUUUAAUCUCCAG